GUGGUAGUACAGUUCUGGAUGUUAAGUUCUUGUUCCUGUUACACACACUACCUACCAUCCUUAUGGUAAGCAGGCUUAUAAAAGGUAUGCCAGUCCAGAGCCAUUUAACAAGCUCCGUACCUGUGCAUCACUACCUAAAUCACGUGCAAUCUCAAAAUAACUUUCAAUCUUAGUCAUCAGUUUUAUUAUACACAAAAUGUUAAAAUAAAACCAUUAAAUGAAUAAAAUAAGCCUUCAGAAUGAUUUUUAACAUAUAAAUUUAAUAAUGGAAAAUAUUUUGUUAUUUCUGUAUUUAUAUAAUUAGAGUAAAUUAAUAAUGCUUGCCUGUGUUAUAUUUUUUUCACUUGAGGAAGAAAUGCAAAGAUGAUGACAGUUAUGGGUUAAACAUUAAGCAGGUGUUGGCAGUGCUUCUGUAACUCUACUCUUGCUUCUUAAAAAAAAUAAAAAUAUUUCCUCCUCCUCUAGCUUGUGAAGUAUGGUAGAGGGGAGUGGAAAAAAAGGCAGGUGAAAGAACAAACCAUCCCGUCUCCUCCCCUACCUGAGGCAGAAGUAUAAAAUGGGUGACAAAUGCAGAUGUUUCCGCUUAUCAACUGUGCUGAGAGCAAUGCUUACACUCACUCCCUCCCUCACAGUUCAGACACACGGAAACCACUGCAGAGCUGUGAGUAAAAAUCACUUUGCAAGAUAGCAAGAGUAUGUUAUAUUACAUUGUUGCGUAAUAUUGACUGAAAAAAAACAUUUGACUGAACAAAUAAUAGUAAACCAUUACUAUCGCUUAAAAUCUGUUUAUUCUCAUUGACUAAAAGGGUUAUUUACUAAACUCAGAAUUACAUCCAAAAUGUAAAAAUCAGACAAAAAUAGGUGCUUUGGAAAAAUUCCCUGACUCCAUUCUAAUCACAGUUUGGUCAUUUUGCCUACAUUUUCUUAUUUGGAUAUAAUUUGUUAAAUUCAGAGUUCAGUGAAUCAUCCAGUAAGUGCCCGGUUAUUUCCCAGGGAUAGUCAGCUCACUGAGCUCCUUAGUUAACUUGGUUACCUGAUCACAAUCUGUAGACCGACGGGCCUGUCAUUGAACAUUGAUAUUUACCUAUCUGAAACCGUACAAUGUAAUGUGCAAUAGGUGCUCUAACUGAAUGAUACUUUGUUUAAGCAACAUAAAUAAAGGUGAAUGUAGAAACAGAUCAUUUAACUAGUGAAUGUCAGCAAAGAUAUUCAACUUUUAUAAGUUCACUGACAGAUCAGGGAUUGACCAGUGUGCUUUGCUGUUAAUCGUUAAUCUGUCAAUAAAUAGGAUCUUCCUGUUUAGAACUGCUUUUGUCAUCAGUAUGUCUGCACAGUAUUAUGUUAUAUUUAAUUAAGGUGUCCUUGGUCCUGUCACAGCUAUAGCCUGUCUGUCACAUCUUCUCACCUGUUUUCUAAGCCGGAGAAAAACUUUUUCAAAAAAACGAUUAUAUUAAUUUUACAGAAUGGUCUAUUUACUCUGGGAUUGUCAUUGUUUUAUACAUGUCAUCACCCAGAAAGUGUUGCUAAUGUUAUUUUUACCGUUCAUUAUUAUAAACAAGUUAAAGUAUUUUUUUUUUUUUUAAUUUGGAUGAAACCACGAAAAGAUGUAUUAGGGAUUUAUUCAUAAACUAAUGAUCUGACAACCAGCUUUCAUAAUUUAGGAUAUGUUAUGUUUAUAUUCUGUGUCGUCCUCAUGAACAGUGGAGUUACUAAUCAGACUGUAAACACAAAUGUGCUUCCACUAGUUUAUGUCGUUUUUCUAAAUGUAACUUGAGACCUAGGGGACUUAUUCUUACUAGUAAUGCAAGUGGCAUAGUAUCUUAAGGGUUAAACUUUCCCAACCUGUCAGCCUCUUAGCAACCAUUCUUAAAACCUUUUAACAUUCCAUUAAGUGGCAUAAUAUCUAAUGAAUCUCUGUUUUUGAUGUAUUCUUAAACAAAAAAAUUUAAUUGGGGAAAAAAGCUUAAUGAACAUAUUUGGUAAAAUAAAUAGGCUUCGUAGUGGAAAUAUAUCUUUAAAUGACCAGAUCUGGUUUUCUCAUUACCACCCACAUGCACACGCCCGACUGACUGUACUUCAGCUUCCUGUUACAUAAAAACACAGCACAGAAAUGUCACAAACAGGCCUCCCUGUCAGUCACUGGUACAGAACGUAAGGAAAACAUUUUUUUUAGUUUUAAUUACUGUAUUUCUCCGUAACGUACUUAAUCUGAAGCAUCCGGUAAGGCACAGGAAACGAUUGUCUGUUGAAAAGACUGAUUGUUUAUAGCCCAAGCUAUAAACAAGAAACACUGCAUAGAUUAUGACUUAAUAUUUUAUGUACGUACGUAAUGUGCUUCUUACUUGCCUUACUCAAACAAAAUAUACAUGUAAAAUGCAACAGCAUAAAACUGUUUAGUUAACUAGUUUGUUACUAAUUUAUAUCGUAAUCGUACCAUGUAUUUUCAGUGUCUAUUCUUUUGUCAGUAAUAUUCCUAUAGUCAUUGCAUGUAGUUCUAUUAAUUUCAAAUCUACUCAGUUAAUGUAUUACAGGUUGAAGUGAGAUUUGUUGACAGAACUAUUUUGACUUUAACCCCUUAAGCUCCAGGAUUAAGCAAAGGGCUGUAUAUCAUGACUUGCUUGGUAUGUCAUUGAUCCUUUUUGGGGUUAACCAAUAUUAAGCACAGGGUUGCUUAUCAUAAAACAUACUAAAUUAGCACAGCGCUUAUAGGCUUAACCCAUUCAACCUGAUGUAUAUUGAAUAAUUUCAGCUGCCACUGAUGUAGUAACUAGAUGUUAAAGAAAAUUAGCCCGAAAUGUAAAUAGGAAAAUUGUCAAACUGCUUAGAAACAAUGUUUUCAUAGUUCCUGCCACCUUAUUGGUUAAAGUACUUCUAUCUGUGAACUGCAAUGUCAAUAUGUUUUUCAAUACCGCACCUUUGUUACAGUUGAAGGGGUGAGUUUUUGAAACUAGUUCUGUGCAUGACUGUGUACAAUAUCACUGAUAAACUACAUGUUAAGGGUACACACUCUAAUCAAGAUUGGCUGUUAGCCUUGUGACAUCUUUGCCAUUUAUGUAAAUUCUAAUUCUACCACAUGUAAUAAAAUACUACUCUUUUACUGUUCAGUUGACAUCAAUUAAUCUUUAGUUCCCUUCAACUUCCGUUCGGUUUAUAUAUCAUGUUUAAUAAUGUUAACAAAAAGCAGAAGUAUAACCGCAUUUAUACGAAAUAGAAACUUUAAGGAAAUUUUUGAAAAUUCAAGAACUUGGUAGUGUCUAAGUGCUAAAAGUAUUCCUUUCUAGUUGUUUGAUAGGAUCCAUGGCUUGAGGUUUUUACAGACUAUAAAGUUAUAUGUUUUUUUUUCUAUGUACGUAUACUUCAAUAACUAUCUAUAUUAAAUUAUUUAGAAAUUUAUUUUUUAAAGCAAAACUAGCUAAUCUAAAAUUCAUUUGAGACCUGUUACCUUUAAAAGACUAAGACAUUCCUCUUUAUUUAGUACCUUUAAAUGCUAGUUUGUAAUUUGCCAUUUGCCAUUAAUGAGUUAAACAGCUACAUAUGGAAUAUACCAGAAGAACUGUAAUCUGAUGUUACAUUAUUGAAUGUUUUAUAAAUUCUAUCAAUGGAAAUUAAUCAUUAAUGUUUUGCUUGCAGGAACUAGAGGUCAACUCAGAAUUCAACUGAAGUGCUCAGCAUGGAUAGUCUUCCUUACGACUUAAAUUGGUCGUUGGAUUUAGCAACUAGCACUUUUAAUUCAAAUGAACUCCCACACCAUGACAAUCCUAUGAGGUAUGGAGAAUCCUCAGACAUGGGAAACCACAGCUUGCAAUUUGCACCCUCAAGAGGAAGGGUUAGGGUCAGCACUGAUUUUGCUGACCAAGGAGAGAUGCAAAUGAAAAUAGACUUUUUCCGAAAACUGGGAUAUUCUUCAGAUGAGAUUCACGGGGCGCUGCAGAGUCUAGGGGUGGAUGCUGAUACAAACUCUGUACUGGGUGAACUUGUGAAACACGGAGGGACUCCUUCUCAUGGAGGAAAUCCAGAAAGGGAAACUGUACCUGAGGAAUCUUCAGAAUCAUUAUUAGUUCCACGUGGAGGCCAGGGAACUAAGACUACCACAUCUUCAUCUUCUCCAGAAGACAAAGAUGGAAACAAUUUGAGGCCAGUUGUCAUUGAUGGCAGCAAUGUGGCAAUGAGGUGGGUUGAAAUGGAGUAUAUGUGAUAACUAUGAUUCAUAUAUUCAGACAUAAAAAAAACAAAAUGUAAAAUCAUAUGUAUAGAAAUAAAAACUGUAAAAGAUAGAUAAUACCUACAUAUUUCAUAGCUAGCUUAUAUUAAGUGGGUCAAAACAAUCAUUUUGUGCAACAUCAUGUUGUAAAACCAACAUUUAAUUUGAAGAAGUAUAUUUUAACUUUUUAUUUAUUUAAUUUUGCAAUGAUGCACCCCUAGCGAAAUAGCGCUUAACAUUUUAAAUGAAAACAGGAGGUGUGUGGGGUGCCUACGGGAAACUCCAUAUAAUGUUUAGAUGACUGUUCUAAUCAAUAGUAGUAUGAGACUGUCUCUUAGUAACAUAGACACCAGGAUCUUUACCAGCAGUUUAGAAACAAAUGACUCAAGAACCUUUGGCUAUCUAGCAGGUGUACUGUUUUCAUCUCUACUGGUUUCAUAUAAGUCUUCAUAUUCUGUGAACGAUUGACUCUCUGAUCAGUCCUUACAGACAAUGAACUGUGUGUGCAUUUUUUUUUUUUUAAGUACCUAAAUCUGCCAAGUGCCCAUAGAGAACAAAUAAUUCAUAAUAAACAAAUAGUUAAUUUUAAAGGCAAAUUCAAUAAUCAGUCUCACGCUCAUUUAUUAGGCAAUAAAGUAAUUAAUUGUUGAAUUCUGUUAUAAGACAGGGCGGGAGUUUAUGCAUUGUGAACAUUCCAUAAACUUUCUUAGAUGAGGUUUUAUUGUGCUGUUAUCAAAAACUACAAUACUAGGAUACCAUUUCAGAUCAAACCACAAUUUGCAAAAUACUUGCAUUUUCCGUUUUCUAUUUUACUAAAGAAGAAGAAAAACAUAACAGGUCUGUUAAAAUAAAAGCACAUAACCACAGGAUUUGUUUAAAACAAAAUAUUAUCUUGGACAAGUCGUAUCAACUCUGGAAACUGGAUGGUUUGUAAAACCUAUCUAUUUUAUAAUUAUCUUGGUAUACCUUCUCAUUUCACUUUAAAUACUUUUUUCAGCAGCCUUUUCCAGCUCUUUGGUAAUUUGUAAAGUUCAUAGGUAGUCUUUUUGCAUUCAUAAUAUGAAGAAAUGAAUGUGGUAUGCCCAUUGCAUGUUUCUAAACAAGGUUUUAUAAUAUCAAACUGCAGUGUACAUUGCCAUUGUCCCAGAUCUGUUAGGCCAGUCCUGAUUUGAGACACAUCCCUGUUUUUUUUAAUUGGUUUUCUGCUGCUAGUGACACCAAAAAAGUCUCCAGAAUGUGCAACUCUAGAACAUUGUCAAACUUUUCUGCCCUUGCAAGAGCACUUCUGCAACCUCCUGUACAUAACCAACCUAGCUCAGAACAUAUGGAAAACCGAGUCAUUACAUCAUAAUUUUAUGUAUUUCUCCACGUGUCUUAGCAUUAAUUCAUACUGUAUCACAGGCAUGCCUCCUUUUCAGCCACACCUCUCCCAUCAUGCUUAAUACCACCCAGUGUAGGAAGGUAUGUGGCCUCCCAGAUGCUAGACUUCAUCUUUGGUUUAAUAAUAUUUGCCAUACAUGGACACACAGGUGUUAAAAUGCACACUGCAGACAUUAAACAUUAUCCGAUAAAACAUGACAUUAAAAAAAGAUUCAUGAUGAAAGAUUCAUUUUGGAGAGACUUUUAAAAAUAAAUGGAUUGCUGUAUGAUCCCUACAUACCCAUACAAAGUCACACAUGCAUUUUGCAUAGUUUCAUUAUCUAAAACAUAUUUGAAAAAACACUUGCGCAAGAAGCCACCAUAUGCAAUUUGCUGGUCUAAAUUAUUUUCAGUUUUUCUCUUUCUAUUUCAUUGAAAGAAACGACAGCUCACAUCAGUAUUCCAUUUUGAACAAAAUGGGAAAUAAAUACUUCUAUUGGCGUGCCUUGAGAACUAGGUCAGUAGACGCUGGUUUAGAAAAAUUGGGGGGAGGGGGUUGUUUGUUUGUUUUUUACAUUUUUGAGUAUACUAAAUGGUUCUAAAUACACAGAGAGAACUUGCUAAAGAGUCAUUUCCUGUUUCUGUAAUAAUCUAGACCUAUUUUGAAACAAGUUACACAGAACUUUAGGUUUUGCAUAUGUCUGACCUAAAGUUCUGUACAUUCAUUGUAAACAGUGGCAAUGAGUUUAUACGCAAAACUCUGAAUUGUAAUAAACCGAAAACCAAAUUGCGGUCUAAAAUGUCCAGUGCAGAGUUCAAGGUCCUUAUACCAGCAUUGAAUUCCAUGCUUGUUGAGCAUUAGCAUCUGUUACCUUGCAUUUUUUUUUAUUUACUUGAGGUGGCACAGUCGCCACAGUCACUGUACCUAAAAAGGUUUAUGAUAACUUCCUGCACACAGGUGUAUGGAUAAUGCAUUUAAAUGGAGGAAGCAAUAAAAUAAACAUACAAUACUCCCAUUUCAAGUUUCAGCCCUUGUUACAAAUACCUAAAAUUUGCAUGUUGCUACAAUGCACCUAGAUCAGGAAGUAGCUGAAAAAUUGCAGCUAUUUCUGGCACUCCUAUUAUAUCAAAUAUAAUAGUUAAGCAACCCCAUACAGCCUUUUCCUACUGACUAGUUUCUGCAAGCAUACUCACAGCUCCAUUCAUGCAUUUUCAUGAAUAGAACUCUAGGGUCAACCACACAUUAACAUGGGCCGAACACAGGAUUAUUAAAAGAUCUCUGAAAUUGAAAAUUAGUGUAGGUAGUGAUUUUAUAUAUAGAUAGACAUACAGUUAUACAUAUAUAGAGAGUGGGAGAGUGGGAGAGUGAGAGAGAGAGAGAGAGAGUGUGUGUGUGAGUGUGUGUGUGUGUGUGUGAGUGUGUGUGUGAGUGUGUAUAGUUAAUGCAAUGUUAAACAAAAAGCUGCACACCAGUCAAGCCAUAAGACUUGCUCUUCCCACAGGAAUCACAAAUUUGCAGUGAUGUUAUUUACCGCAAAGGAUUCUGGGUGGGCAUAUGCAAAUUAGUUUAACAAAGAAUCACAUUUUUGCCUCAUUCCAUUUUAAACAUGGAUUCCUUUGAGUCUGUGUUUGCUGUAUACAACAGCUUUGAAACAAAACUUAGGAAGAGAUGCAAAACCAGUGAACCACUCAUGGACAGCUGUUUCAUUGUUAAUGCAAAUCAUCAGCAUGAGGUUGGUUACUAGUUUGCUAUUGAGGCUUGGUAGUGCAUGGGAAGAAAAAAACAAAAAGGUUAUGGUGCGGAAAAAAUUGUGAUUGAAAAUCCUUGUUUAACAUUGUAUUAACUAUCCACAGACUUCAGGUGGAAGGGGUUUUCUAUCACAAUUUUUUCCCUACCAUAACCUUUUUGGUUUUUGCUUUAUAUAAAAAAAAUCACUACCUACACUAAUUGUCAGUUUUAGGGGUCUUUAAAGAAUCAUGUGUGCUGGAGAUCGUGUGCUGGGAUAUAUUUAUAUAUAUAUAUGUGUGUGUGUAUAUAGAUGUAAAAAACAGAUCAAAUUUGUAUCUUGUAAUACCUUUUUUAUUGGACUAACAGAAUUUUUUAAUGACAAGCUUUCAGAAGAGCCUCCCUUUCUCAAGUCUGAAGCAUUUCUGAGCAAGAUGACACAGAAUUCAAAGCUGAGUUGUGAUACAGGGGUUCAAGCGCUUUAACCCCUGUAUCACAACUCAACUUUGAAUUCUAUGUGUCGUCUUGCUCAGAAAUGCUUCAGACUUGAGAAAGGGAGGCUCUCCCGAAAGCUUGUCAUUAAAACAUUCUGUUAGUUCAAUAAAAAAGGUAUUACAAGAUACAAAUUUGAUCUGUUUUUGUCAUCUGCAUCACUGGACUCAUACGGCUACAAUCUCUACUUGAACACUAGGUGUGUAUAUAUAUAUAUUACAAACUCAGAAGGACUUUGAGGACUUUGUAAUUGUGCUUUAUUUGUUCUGUAGAAAAUACUCCUUAGCGUUUCACAUUUCAAUCCCACAACUGACUUUUUCAAGACCCAAUUAAACAAGGGAUUUUAAAAAGAGGUUGAUGAAAGUCUCAAAAAAUAACACUUUAAUCACUAAUUUUGGGCAUUUCAGUGUGUACAUCAUUAUCCCAGUAAAUGCCUCAAUCACAUGUCACUCUAUAUGGAUACACAGGAUGUUUAAUGUUUCCAGCAAAAGAAAAGUGUUUGGCUUGCACUAAAGCACAAAGUACAGAGUUUAAUCUUGUGUCAGGUGGACAGCAGGGAAAUUCCACUCACUUACUUCCUGCAACUUUAAUCUGCUGCAUUGUUCAUAUCUGAUUCACAUACCCAGAACCCUGCCUGUCUGAACAGCUCACUGCUAGCAGUAUGCAAAUAUGCUUCAUGUAAAUAUACCUGUUUUUCCUCCUCCUUGGAAAUUUCUCAGUGUAAGCUAAAUCAGAGCCUCCUGCUUGAGACGUUCUUAACACCUUUCAAUCAUAGGCAUAUAAUUGUAGCCGUCGGAACCUUCUGCCCCUCUGCUUCCAACAUGCCUAUUUAUUUUUUAGUCUGAUAGCCCACACAUAGUACACAUGUUCUAGUCCUACACAUUUGGAGUGGGUGUAUGUAUAAUAUAUAUAUAUAUAUAUAUAUAUAUAUAAAAUUAAUUUAUUUAUUUAUUUAUAUAGUUAAUAUAUAGGCUACAUUUGCUUCUUUAUACAUUAUUUGUCACUGUGUAGAUUUUGGCUUGGCUUAUUCCAAUCAUGAACACAAAACACCAGGUACAUAAUUGCUGGCUUUUUUUAAUCCUAUAGAAAUCUUGAUUUACUCCUUUUUUUAUUGGAUUGUAUGAAAUGUAUUUAGUUGCUGGAGUAUAUUUGUUUUUGUGAUGUAUGGUACCAGCAAUAUUUUAACCCUUUAAGAAUUAUUUCCCUACAGGUAAAAUGCCAGCAUGGAAUUGCAAUAGCAUUGAUCCUUAAAGGGUUAAAAAUGGUACACUAGCCUGUCUUAAUAUUAAAUAGACCGAAAUUACUUAAACACAGUUGGAUUUCAGCAUUUGAAAGCCUGGUGUAUAUACAAAAUUUUGGUAAUAGCCCAGCAAUACCUCAACUUAUGGAGAACUGUGAGUGAUAAUAUUCUGAGCUAAGUCCCACGUUAAAUCAUUGAGAGGACAACUUGGUGAAAAAUAAAUCCUCAUAAGCAUGAGGUUCAUUCAUAGGCAUUUCUACCCAAGUAGGUGCACUGAAGUUGUAAAAUCCAAAGCAGGCCACUAAAACCUUGGCUUCUUAAGACAAACUAAGGUUUAAUGCAAGCAGUUUCAAUGCCAAUAUUUGAUUGCUAGCUUUUUCACAAAUGAGGUAUCAAGGUAUGAAUGGCACUGAUUUCCUCACAAUUCUAGCAGAUACUGAAGAGUUUCACAAUAAACCUAGUUUAAUUUGCUUUUCAUUAUUUGCAAGACUAUGCUAUCCAAAUAAAAGAAACUGAAAUUCCUUUGUAAAGAUCCUUGUAGCAUGUUGAGACACUUCAAUGAAUCCUGCAAAAAUAUGCAAUAUCCAGUGAGGUCAUUUUUUCCCUUGAGAAAUUACCGAUCUGACUUCCUUUAAAUUUGCAAUCCGUGUGAAGUGACUGUUUCAGCUGAUCAAAGGGCAAGGCAUCAUCGUAACUCUGUUGUAUUUUAUUUCUCCAUGACUACACUCUGUGAACUAAUAUGGCAUAUUGAUUUUCAUAUUCUGCAAAUGAGCUAUCUUAUCUUUAACAUGAAGAUGGGUAGUUCAAAGAAUAUAUGGUGGGACUGACACUUAUUAAUUCCCUUAUGAAGUAGGGUUUUGGAAGAGCUAGUUACAUUGGUGGACCAUGACCUAGGGAAUGACUUCCAAAUCGUCAUGUUUUAUUUUAAUUUAUCUGUCAUAAAGCUCCAAAAAAAGAUAACUUUUAAUCCAACUUACUAUGGCUGCUAAAGUCACUAUAUCUAGAUACUAGCUAAAACAAGAAAUCCCUACCUGGGAAUAUGUAUUAAAUCAACUUAAAUAUAAGUGUAACAUUCGAAAAGGUACAUAUUAUAAUAAUAAAGAGUGGUAUGAAAAGAGAUGGCAACCCUGCUUGGGCACAAAUAUCAAUCUCAAUAUUAGGGCAUAAAGUUCUAAAUUGUAUAUAAUAAUUGAUUGAAUAGUUCCACCACUCAGUUAGUAGUAAAUAUUUCUUCCUUAUCUCUACAUAAUACCCCCAGCUGACCAGUGACCGUUCUGCUUGUCUGAGAUGAUAAUGUUUGUACGUGAAUUGAUUCUAAAACCUUGUAUACCACAACUAAUGUCUAUUAAUGUAAUGCGUAUAUUUGUGACAAUGGAAAAUUAAUAAGCAAUAAAUAUAUUCUAACAUGAAGAUAGUGACUCUUUAAAGAAUGUUUGCUAUCAGUUCUAAGGAGCCUAUCAUACUUGUAAAAAAUGUAACCAGUGAAAGUUAUUUAUACUAGUGACGCGAAAGUAGCAUUUGAUAACUGUAUCAUGAUCACACUUUCUGCAAGUAAUUCAAAAUUUAAAAAAAACCAAGGCAUAAACUUUGAAUUACAUGUAUCUUCAAAUUAUUCAGAAACCAAUAAACCUUGUUCAGCACACAACCAGGAAACUACCAUCCAAAAAUAAAACAGAAAAAUUAAAAUAACACGUUGAAGGUCAAAUGAAACAUGAGAUAGAUGUUAUUUUAUUCCAGCCUAAUUUCCUCAUUCAGUGACCUUUGAUAAACCAGCUGUUCUUCUUCCUCUAAGUCACACCUUUAAACAACCAGCAUGAUGCUGCCUAUCUAGUAGUAACCUAGUUAGGCAGAUAGACGAAUGGAACACUUUGUGAAACAGUAAACCUGAGCAUCACGGAAAGGGAAGUUUACAAACAUCUUCUGAGUUGCAAAGGUUAGCCAUAACUGCCCUAGAUUUCUAUUUAUUUAUAUAUUUUUAAAUAAUUUAUAAUGUUUAAACAAUAUAUAUAUAUAUAUAUAUAUAUAUGUGUGUGUGUGUGUGUGUGUGUAUAUAUAUAUAUAUAUAUAUAUUUCACAAGAGUUUGCAUUGCUGAUAAUUUCCAAUUAUUUAUUGUACAAGGACAAUACAUGCAAGAAUUAGAUUAACUAAAAACAAAACUGUUAAUUGAGAAAUAGAACAUAUGUACUGUUUCAAUAACAAACAAUGGAAUUAGAAUAAAGAUCUAGAAUGUGUAGUGUGUUCAGGUAUAAGUUAAAAUGUACAUUUAACUUAUGGUCUUAAGAAACAACAUUUAUAAUUAUUAUUAUGUUAAUAUUUAUAUGGCGCCAACAAAUCACGCAGCGCUUUACAGUGGGUGGACAAACAAACAUGUAGUUGUAACCAAACAAGUUGGACACACAGGAACAGACGGGUUGAGGGUCCUGUUCAAUAAGCUUACAUGAUAGAGGGAGUGGGGUAAAGUGACACAAAAGGUAAGGAUAGUAUUAGACUUAUGACAGUUGCAAGAGAGAAAUCAGUCGGGAGUUAUUAACAGUUUAAUUGCUAUGCUUUUACAAAGAAGUGGGUUUUUAAUGUUUUUUUGAAGGAGUGGAGACUGGGUGAGCAUCUAAGGGAUAACAUAAAAUAUGGUAUAAUUAAAAUUGACUCACAGGGGAGAACAGAAGAAUCCUCCUACAUGUAGUUCUACUGCUUACCUUACCUUCUUAGCAUCGACAGUGCAUGUGCUGUAGUUGCUGUAAUUAUUCUAUAAGCAAGUUAAUCUCAUGCUUUGCUAUAGAGCAAGGACAGGCAAGCUUUGAUAUUCCAGAUAAUGUGAACUACAUAUCCCCUGAGUUGUAGUCGAAAAAAUUUGGAGUGCCAAAGGUUGCCUACCCCUGCUAUUGAGGAAUAUAGAAAUGGAGAAAUAGAUGUCACUUUGUUCUACACCAAUGUGCUGUAAAUUAAGCCGUUGUGUCUGGAUUCACGAGGGAGGAUUGUCCCGAUUGCAGUAUUGUUUGGCAAGAAAGUCAUUGCCAAUCUAUGUAAUACAUACAUGGAAAUAGUUGGUCUCACUGUGAAUACACAUUAAAAAAAAACAAGUGUGAAACUUUGAUAAUGAAUGUGUUGUUUAUUUUUUUUCAGUCAUGGAAAUAAAGAAGUAUUUUCAUGUCGAGGGAUUCUUCUUGCUGUCAACUUCUUCUUGGAAAGAGGGCACCAGGAUAUCACUGUAUUUGUACCAUUGUGGAGAAAGGAGCAACCUAGACCUGAAGUGCCUAUAACAGGUAUAACAAAAUUAGUUUACAAACUUUGCUAAAGAGAUUGCAACCCAACAAUCCUUACUGUAUGGUACAUGUAGAUGGAGACAAAACAAAAAAUGAAGCAUAAGGCCUCAAUAUGAUAACACCGAAAGAUCUUCAGAAGAGAUUAAUGAAACAAAAAAGAUUGCAAACUGUGAUCCCACAUGUGAAUCUAAAUAGCUAUUAAUCUGCUUUCCAAUUGAACACAGUGCCUGGGAGCAUAACUAACACUAAGCACAGAGGCACUGGGACAGCUAUAUAAGGGCCCCCUGAACUACAUGGAGUCUGUCAAACCAUAAAGCACAACCUAUCAUGUACAAUGAGUUUAAAAACAUGGCCUGCUGUUAAGAUAUAUAUUUAUAGUAAAUUCCAUUUGUCAAUGGUUGCAUUUGCUCUAUUCGGCUGUAAAAACACUCUCCAGCCUGUCAGAAAGUGUGCCUACGAACUUUCAUUUUCAACUACGAAUUUCAUUUAUUUGUAAAGCAAUGCAUUGACAUUCCUCAUACUAUUACUAAGUAAUUAUGUUCUCUUUGGGUUUAUUUUCAGAUCAACAUAUUCUCACUGAGCUAGAAAAGAAAAAGAUCUUAGUUUUUACACCUUCCCGGAGGGUUGGAGGAAAACGACUAGUGUGCUAUGACGACAGGUUCAUAGUGAAAUUGGCCGUCAAAUGUGAUGGAAUAAUUGUUUCAAAUGAUACUUACAGAGAUUUGCAGAGCGAGAAGCCAGACUGGAAGAAAUUCAUAGAGGAGCGCCUACUGAUGUACUCAUUUGUCAAUGACAUGUAGGUGUUGUUUGUGUGAUUCAAUUUUCCAAAUUAUAUCAGUAUAUAGUUAGUUGUACCUAGACGCAGACAUUUUACAUUUCAAAACAUUAUUAUCUUUAGAUUUAUGCCUCCUGAUGAUCCUUUGGGACGACAUGGACCAAAUUUAGAAGACUUCCUCAGGAAAAAACCAUGUGGACCCGAAAAUAAGAAACUACAAUGUCCUUAUGGUAAGAUUUCUUUUCACAAAAUUUUUAUAGGUAGGCUUUUAAAAUUAUUGUAGAAUUAUUAUUUUUUUGUCAAAACUUUGGAAGCAAAUUCCUUCAGUGAACUUAGUAUAACUAUAAAUAUUCAACAGAAAACCUACUAGCUAGAGAAGCAUAUAUUUGAAGGUAGAAUGAUAAUUAGUUAUUUUAAAGGAUGGGUAGCCAAAAUAUAGUUUUACAGAAGUUGAUGAGCUACUUGUCCAAUAAACCUCUAUUAAUAUUUGUAUGCUUGGGAUUGCAUUGGUAGAGACUCAAAAAAAGACAAUCAACAACAUUUACAAAUAUAUUUGUUAGCUGUACCUGAUUUCUAUGAAUGAAACACUCCAAGCAGCAAAACCAUUAAAGUAUGCUGAAGUAGUUAUGAUGCCCUUGCGCACUGGCGGAACUUCCACGGUCGCAGGGGUCGCAGCUGCGACCGGGCCCGUCUCUCCAGGGGGCCAGGCCCUGUGUGUUCCGGCCCUGGCCCACGUGGUAGAACCGCCGGGGCAGAACGUUAAGGGGCCCAUCGGGUGGCCCAUGCUGUUAGGGCCACCAAAUGGCAAUGAAUAUCCAAGGUGCCCAGAUCAGCACUGUCACGCAUUAACAGCGCGACCAGGCCCCCUGUGAUGAUGUUAGACGCAGGGAGGAAGUGACUGCCCUGGUCACUCCUCCCAGCUAUCAGAGAGACCCAUGCGGGAGGAACUCUGACUCCCAUCAGCCUGAGCCACCACUGGGCCCCAGUGAAAGCCACCCUCCUGCAACUAAAAGGUAGGAAACAGGAGGGUGACUUAAACAUUUUGCAUGUGUGUGUGUUAGUGUAUAUGUGUCUGUAUGUAUGUCUCUGUAUGUGUGUCUGUAUGUAUGUUUCUCGGUAUGUGUGUGUGUGCAUGUGUCUGUGUGUGUGUGUGUGUCUAUAUGAAUGUGUGUUUGUGUGCCUGUAUGUGUGUGUUUCUCUGUAAAUAUGUGUGUGUGUCUGCAUGUGUAUCUGUUUGUCUGCAUGUGUGUGUGGGAAGUGGGGUGCAUAAAGUAUAAUAUUUAUCAAAGAAUGUUGAUGUACUUCAAUGUAUUUAGUAUUUUCCAGAUUUUUAUUGACACGAACUUGAAUUAAAAGACUGAUCCAUUCUGUUUUUUGUUUUUACUUUUUCUUCAGGCAAAAAGUGCACCUAUGGAAUGAAGUGUAAGUUUUAUCAUCCUGAGAGGGUAAACCAGACUCAACGUUCUGUGGCAGAUGAAUUGCGCGAAAAUGCGAGGCUAUCCCCCACUAAAGGCACUGUGUACUCUUCUAUUGAAGAUAAAAAGUCAAGAAAACUUUCAUUGGUGGAUACUCCAUCUUUAGAGUCUGAUAAAUCCUCCUUUCCAAAACUGCCAGUGGAGAGAACUAACUCUUCACAAAAGUGUAGACCACUGGAUAAGAAUCUAAUUAAGCAAAAUCACAAUUCAGCUCCUGAAUGGUACUCCUCUUCAAGCACAUCUAAAGACUCACAUCACUAUAUAUCUUCAGAUUCUGGCUUUGAGACAUGGACAAGUGUAUCAAAAAGCUACUGUGAUCCUUCUCAUGAGUCUGUAGAUCAUGGCUUCUGCAGUUGCAGUCAGCAGAGACACUGCUGUUCAGACAUAAAUGACAUGGACAAUACCACCCAUAAACACUACUGCUCCCAAAAAUCCACUUCGCAUGGACAUAAUUCUGCUUCUUAUUUCCCAUAUAACCAGUCAUCACAUUGGUCAUCCCAGUACCCACCUCACCAAAUAUAUAGAAGAGAACUGACUGAUUCAAUUCCCCCUGGUCAUUGUAGCCUCCCUAAUGAUUACAAUGCAUCCUCCACACCCUCACUUGCGUACUGGUCUGAGCCAAACCCGGUCAAUCAUUCGAACAGACAUCAAAGUAGCUACCCUGCGUGCAGGUCAGUUCCACCUCCUAACGAUUUCCGCCAAUGGCCAAGCACUGAACAGUUCACCCCGGAACAAAUAAAUGUCCGCACAAGGCUUUGUGCCAUUUUCCAACCUUCAUUAGUUGAUGCUGUAAUGAAAAGGUUUCCACAGCUACUGGAUCCCCAAAGAUUAGCCGCUGAAAUACUUCAUUACAGGAUGCAAAAUGGAAUGUGAAAGUAACUAGAUAACUUAUUAUAAACUAUAGUUAGUGCAGGUUGUUCUAUGGCCAGUAUUUACUGGGGUGUAUGUUAUGCGUGUAUGGUAAAUGCAAACUGGUGGUUAGAUUGUAGAACAAGACCAAUUUUAAGGCGGCUUUAAAAGAAGUAGAGUAAGUAGGGAUGGAGUCACAGAUGCUGUAAUGUUGGUUUUUGAUGGGUCUUGUAGACCCUCCUACAAAUGCAGCCAUAGCCUAAUUAUUUUCAAAAACCCACCUCACAGGCUGAAUUUCCCUACAAGUGGUUUAAUUCAAUAGUGCACAUCAUAGAUACUGAGGAUAAACGGUUUGAACAUUGAAAUGGGCUGUUUAAGAGAAUAAGUGGGGGAUGCUAUUUCCCUUGAAAGAUGUGUACCCAUAGAAUAAUAAAAUUAAAAGAUGGAACUGUUGUACAUUUAGCAGCAUGUUUUCUUUCCAUAUAUAGAGCUACUGUAGUCAACAAUGAUUUAAUUUACUGUAAGUUACCACUAAAUGUAGAAUUACUUCCCAAAAUGGCACAUACCCCUGAAGCCAGCUUGAUUGGGAGUAGUUUUGUUCAAAAAUAUACUACAACUCAUUUACUUUAGUUCACCCUAUCUGCCUGUACAAGAAGACACUUCCAUUUAUUAUAGCAUUAUAGUCUUUGGACUACCAUAGCUUAACCAUUAAAUGUAGAGAAAACUAUGACUGAUUUCAUAUUUUGCCUGGUAUCUGUUGUGGUAGGAUGGCCUGGCUCUUGGCAAGAAACUCCAAAUGCAAGCAUCAGGAUUAAAUUGAAAUGUGGUUUAUUAUAGAGUUUCCAAUGUAUGCAAUGCAGUGCUUCACUGUGGUAAAUAAAAGAAAAGAAAAACAAAUCCUACUCCAUUUUGGAGACUAACUAAACAUUACAUUUCAUAACUGUCCAGCUGGCAAGCUAAUCCAGUCCCUAGUUAUAAACAAUAUAAUGACAGCACAUUUAAACACACAGGUUUUAAAAGAAUAUCUUGUCCUUAGAGUAUCAGGUCCCCAGGCUUAACUGCCUCCUCUAAUGCCUUCAGAGUCUGACCUUUAAAUAUUGUAGUGCAUGUUACUUAAAUUCAACUGAAAGCUGCCUUAACCAUAUCAUGCUGGAGAGAGGGCCCCAACCUAUUACUGACAUUAUAGAAAGUCUCACUGACUCUGCCACACCAUUACAAUAUUUUAUGGAAUUCAGUAGUCUGUCUUGGACAGAUAUCUUAAUGCUUUCUCUCAUAUUCAGAUUUUUUUUUACUUACAUAAGUGAGUCAGUUCAGAUUAGAAAUACUUUACAAGUAACUAACGGUGAUACGGAUAUUGUUGAUGUGUAUCUGUAUCUGAGAUAUAAAAAGAUACUUGAGUCAUUGAAAAAGAACAGAACUGUCAAGGGGCAGUGUCAAGUUGAUGCAUAUUGUAUCUUUCCAUAAGAAAUUCCAUUGCUUUAAGUUAUGAUCAUCCAAUGAAUGGUAAAAACACACUUGGAUUGUUAUGCUUGUAUCUUGGAUGUGCAACCUCUACAUCUUGUGUUUAGAUUUCAUCAUUCUUAGCCAACAUGGAUAAACUGUAGUUCCAAAACAAAAGUGUUUGUAGAGGUUUGCUGAAAACAAGGUAUAAGUGUUUCAGUGCUUAGAUCCUGAACGCUAAGCCGGAUUCUAAUUUUUGUACCACUUACUGUAAUGGUAAGUGUAAAUGAUAAGUGCAAUUGUGUGUUCACCUUGCAAUAAGAUGAUCGUUUUAAUUGUUUAAAGUGUCACUAUGUGCCACUUAACCAGGACAAGGAAAUAAAAUCCUUUUGUGAUAUGUUGAUUAUACACAUUACAACAUAUGUAAUGUUUUAAAAUAGUAAGCAAAAAUGCUUUUUUUAAUUCUCCUAAUGUAAAAUAAUAUAUCAAUGUUAUAUCGUUAUUCAUGGUUAAAUCACUUGUAUUGGUGUCAUUCUGGUAUUGUAGAUAUAUUGGAUAUGUAAUAGGUGUUAUUGCCACGACUGCAUUUGUAUAGUUGAUUGUGCAAAUAAAACCUGUGAUUUUCAUGAAA